AGUCCAGGCAGCCAGCCAAGGCCAUCGCCAUCGUGGGGCGGGACAGAGGGAGAGAAAACACGCAGGGUCAGCCAAUAGAAACAGCAAAAGGGGGAGGGGCACUGUGAGCAUUCAGCCUUCCAUGUCCACCAGCCCUGCCACCCAAAUCCGCCAACCCAAGGCUCCAGGUGCCCUCCCUUCCUCCCUCACCUGCGCUCAGCACUUUCAGCACCGAGAGGAACAGCAACAACAGGAAGGGGAGAGCCGGGGGGUUAGGAGAGGGACUACCCAUUCUGAGACCUGAAGAGAGAAACUGAGUCACAGACACCACAGGGCCCCAGGUACUGGGCUACCCUACUCGAACCAGUGCGGGAAUGACCUUUCCCACCAUCCCAGGACCCCCUCCAUCGAAGGCACUUUCACCCCGAAGCUACGAAUGGACUAACAAUGAAGCCCUUGAGCCCUCAUGGAGGGCCCACGGGUGUCUCGGUCCUCCACACUCCCCCAAUCCUACUGCCUAAGAGAACGCUAUGUUCUUUCUAACCCGCACCCUCCCUUUCCACUUCCCCCAAGAGGAUCCAGAAGCCCCAACCACGCCCCCGCGAGGACCGAACUUUUCAGGCUCUCGGCCCCCCAGUUCCUGAAAGCCCCAGGCUUGUCCCUCCCGCUAGGGGCCCCCUGCCUCCCCGCAUCCUCGGGACACUACAAUGUCCGUCUCCAGCCCCGGGGCCCUCCCAGGCUCCCAGGCUCUCCGGCCUGGCCGGGCCCGGCCCAGCCCGCCCCGCUCACGCUGGCCUGGGACUCCCGUGACCGACCUCGGUCAGUUCCUCUACUGCAUCCUGCCUUUCCCCACGCCCAGCCCACCCUGGCUGAAGCUUCGGCCUCCCCUCGCUUCCGUUCUACCCCAGCUCCAUCUGCGCCGUGCACCCCCGCCCCCGCCUGCGUUCCGGGAAUGCCCCCUGGUCCACUUCCCCUCCAGGAGUGGGCGGAGACAAGGUGAAAAGUCCCCAACUUGGCCCAGGCAACCGCCCUGCCCCCUCUAAUGUCCCGUCCAACGCAGGGACCAACUAUUUGCCUAAGCUCAGCCAGCCAACCUAGCCUAACGGGAUGUCAGCCCUGGGGCCUCCUCUGCACCCGCCCCCCCCCCGCCUGUCCCUCGGUAGGUCUCUGGGACCAAGCCCUCAGUGGCCCCGGGGAGGGGGGGCGGGGGGUCCGAACUCACAAAAACAUCAGGGUGGGGCCAAGAGGUCUGGCUAUUCCAGAAGUAAACAAUGGACCUUUGGGGGAGGGGCCGCAGCAGGGACUGCGGAAACACCUGCCGGGAGGAGCUUCGGGAGCUCCCAGGAUAUUCCUCUCCCACUGUGGUUUCCGAUAGUGCUGAGGACGGGCGAGAUUCGUGGGAAGAAGAGACCUCCACCGGACAUAGGAAGGCUCCCCCUGAGAGUUCCUGGGCACCCUUUAUUGUCCUACUUUCUCCUAAGCUCCAGUCCCACGUCAUCAAUUGCCCUUUGGACAUUUUGAAUUUGGUGUCUGCCCUGUGAGCCUGAGGUGCCAUACACACCAGCCACACUCCCAAGUGCAUCCCAAACGGAAGAAAACGUAACAACAACAAUGAGAAUA